UUAAUGACUCUGUUUUUUCGCUCCGGAGUACAAUGAGAGUAGGAAAUAAAAAAAAGCCGAACAUUUUAUUUAUCAUUUAAUAACCUUUGUUUUUGUGCUCUCGAGUAUAGUAAGAGUAUAAAACAAAGCAGGUAAUUAAAUUUCUUAUUUAAUGACUCUGUUUUUGCACUCCCGAGUACAAUGAGAGUAGGAAAUAAAAAAAAGCCGAACAUUUCAUUCAUCAUUUAAUAACCUUUGUUUUUGUACUCCCGAGUAUAGUAAGAGUAUAAAACAAAGCAGGUAAUUAAAUUUCUAUUAUAAUGACUUGUUUUUGCACUCCCGAGUACAAUGAGAGUAGGAAAUAAAAAAAAGCCGAACAUUUCAUUCAUCAUUUAAUAACCUUUGUUUUUGUACUCCCGAGUAUAGUUAGAGUGAGAAAUAAAAAAGCCGAAAAUCAAAUUCCUUAUUUAAUGACUCUGUUUUUGCACUCCCGAGUACAAUGAGAGUAAGAAAUGAAAAAAGCCGAAAACUAGCUAUAAAAGAGUUUGCUUCUUUAGGAAUUCAUUUUAAGUGUCUUCAUUUAUCUGAGUUCACUAUGGCAUCAUCAUUUUUCAGUCAAACAAGAGUUAAAACAUACAAAUAUGCAUGCGUCUUCUUCGAUGAAGAUAAAUGUAUUGGUUCUGUCAAAACUAAAGAUAUUGUAAAUAGGGAAGAAAAGUUACUGAGCGUUGACGACAAUGUAUUUGUGCGAUGGGGUAGCGGAAAGAAUGUACAAAAUCACAAAGCUACAAUUUUAUUUCUAAACAAUGAAUGGUCAAAUUGCACACAGUUUGAAAGAGAUUGGUUGAACAACGAGAAAACAUUUAUCAUCGAAGAGGUCGGAGAAAAAAAAAAAGAAGAAAAAAUAAAAAACAUUAAAAACAAUAAAAAACGGACAACAGGCGAAACAUUAGUAAAACCUCAGAAGAAGUUCGUCAAAAAGGAUAGUGCAGCUGUUGAUAAAAGACAACCUUCAUUAGUAGAAAUAAAUUACAAAGUCCCACAACUAAAUUACCAAGUUGAUUUUAGUGAUGUUUUACGAGAACCGCGGAAGGCACAAAAUGGUAAAGUAGAAAACACCGCCGAAGAACCGCCAAAGGAUAAAGUGGAAAACACCGCCGAAGAAACGCCGAAGACGCAAAACGAUGAAGUUGAAAACACAUUCUCCUUUCUAAAGUUAUUGGUUUCACCUGGAAAACCACUGCCAUCAUUUUCGCCACCUACUUCGACACUAUCCACUUCUAUUCUUCCCGACCUACCUUUUUCUCCGCCUUCACCAGCCAGACCUCUGCAAUCAACACCUGCCGUUAGAACAACACUUUUUCCGAAUUAUCCCGAGCAAACAAAGCAGUGCACGUGCGAUUGUGCUGCUAUGCGACAAAUCAUUGAAAGACUAGAAAAGCGACUAGCUGCGUUGGAAGGGAAUGCAAUUGCCUUAUCCGCAAACUUUAUCGACGACAGUGACGAAGCAUUACCUUCAGUCCAGGGGUUGUCUCCACUAAAGGCGAUGCAGAGGACGAAUAUUGAUGAUGACGAUUUUCAAAUAAAUGAAAGAUUAAAUAGAAAAAAAUACAAGGUGGACACAGCUCCUACUAUAGAAAUUCCGACCGAAUUCUGGCCGAUAGCCAAUGAAGUGAGACAAGGGGCGACAUCUUUCAAAAACUUUAGCUAUCUGUUGCUGGCUAAAUUAUUUGACCACAAGGAGCUUGUAGGAAGAAAUUGUCGAGGAGUUAAAAAACCUGCGAUUGAUGGCUACAAACAAGAUAUUGUUAAAGCUUUUUGUUGGAAGUUUUAUCCAACCAACAUGGCUGCACCGGGUGCAUGGAGGGACUGUCAACGUGCAAUUGAUGAAUUUAUACGACGUAGCAACAGAACAAAGAAAAAUUAUAAAUCAUGCAUGUUGCAGUCAUAAAACUCUUUCAGUUAAUAACUUUUUUGUAAAUAUUUUUUUAGAUGUAAAUAUUUUUUAUUUUUAGAUUUUUUUAAAAAAAUAUAUCAUUAAACAUUAAACUGUUUUUUUUUAUAAAAAAAAUCCCUCACGUUAUUUUGUUGCUUCGAUCUUUAAACAUCCCAACAAAAACAAAAAGAUAACAAGCUUAGUGACGUCCUGUUUCUACGGCGAUAUUUUAAAAUUAUACAGAUUGUUGUCUGAGUUAUAAAGCAAUGUUUGUUGAAAAAUAUUCAGAAAGCAAAGUCUGCAUGUGGCAAUUGAUCACCAUAACUAUAAUUAGAUAUCAUUCUGACUCUGUGUUUGCGAAAGAACAUGCUGGAAGUGAUUUCACAUAACGAAAGUAGCGAAAGCAUUUAAAGAAGAGACACAAAAGUUGAACUUAAAAAUUUAUUUUUUAAUUAUAAACUAAAUUAAAAAAAAAUUAAAUGGUGAAUUAAAAUUAAUGUCUUAUGUUUUUCUUUAAUAUAACUCGCGAGUAACAUGAUAUAUUUUUUUAAAGAUUUACUCGCGGGUAGUUUAAUUAUUGCGUACUCGCGUUAUUAAAAAGAUUACUCUCGUUUAUUUUACUCGCACUCGCAUUGUACUCUCACUCUGAACUAUUUUACUCGCAUUUAUUUGCACUCGUACUCUCAAAGAUGUGUAGCUUUAAUCGCGAUCGGCACUGUAAUUUCUCAAUAAAAGACUUUUGAUAAUAGAACGUACAAUUUAUGGUAACUUGAAUUUCUAUUACUUUUGUUAUUGUAGAAAAUGUAUGUGUUUGUGCGGUACCUCGUAUUCAGUGGAUACGCCUGUAUUUUAUGCAUACACUCGUAUUCAAUGUAGGCAAUUGUAUUUGUAGGGAAUGUAGGCGCUCGUUUAUAAUGCAAACACUCGUAUUAGUUUUAAUGCAAACACUCGUAUAUAGCUAAUGCAGACACUCGUAUAUAGCUAAUGCAGACACCCGUGUAUAAUGCAAACACUUGUGUAUAAUGGAAACACUGUCGUAUAUGGCUAAUGCAAACACUCGUAUAUAGCUCAUGCAGACACUCGUAUAUAGCUAAUGCAGACACCCGUGUAUAAUGCCAACACUUGUGUAUAAUGGAAACACUGUCGUAUAUGGCUAAUGCAGACACUCGUAUAUAGCUAAUGCAGACACUCGUAUAUAGCUAAUGCAGAUACUCAUUUAUAAUGCAAACACUCGUAUAUAAGAAGACACUCGUAUUUGCUACAGACACUCGUAUUUGUUGCAGCCAUUGAUAUUCGUUGCAGCCACUCGUGUUCGUUACAGGCACUCGUAUUCGUUGCAGACACUCGUAUGUAGAACCUCGUAUUUCAGUGAUUCGAUUGUAUUUAAUGUAUCCACUUGUAUUCAAUACAGCCAAAUGUAUGUGGACAGUUGCAAUUAGUAUAGACACUUAUCUCUUAUUUGUUGCAGUCACUUGAAUGCCGUAAUUGUAUUUGAUGAAUGAAUUUUAUUUAAUGUUAUACUUGUAUUCAAUGUGUACUCUCGUUUUUUUGCAGACAUGUACUUUAUGUAAACACCUGUAUUUUAUGCAGGCAUUUGUAUGUAGUAACUCGUAUUCCGUUAUUACACCAGUAAUUAAUGUAUAUACUUCAGUGCUUCGAAUAAACGCCUGAGGCGGUUAUUUAAGUUUUCGAUUUUUAGAGGGGCGUUUAUUUAAGAGAUCUCUACAUUUUCUAUAUACAUAUCUAUAUCAUCCAUAUCGUCAAUUAUAUAAUGAUGUAGUCCAGCGUUGACCUUAUCUUCAUAUUUAUUAAGUGAAACAAGCGUCCCUGUAAAGGAGAAGGCGUUUAUUAAAAGGGGCAAUUGAUGAAAAAACCUUUAAAAGAGGGAAAGGGCGCGAAAAGGAACAGGGCGUUUAACCGAAGCAUUGCGGUACUCAUAUUCAAGCAGACAAUGUGUGUAAACACUUGUAUUUAUGUAGACACUUGUGUUAUAUGUAGAUGCUGGUAUUUAUGUAGACACUCAUAUUUUAUGCAGAAACUUGUAACUGUGCGGAAUAUGUAAAACACUCGUAUUUUAUGCAGGCACUCGUAUGUAGGAACUCAUAUUCAGGGAGAAAACUGUAUGUGGACACAUGCAUUUAACACAGAAACUCGUAAAACUCUCGCAAAA